AUGCUAAGUAUGCUAUCUAAAUGGCUAUUGGAAAAUGUUUCUGUCGAACGCAUUGAAAUAAUAUUUCCCGUAACAGGGCAUUGUGUUAUGCACCCGGACAGAGUUUUCGGUAAUGUAGAAAAAGUUCUAAAGAAACAAGAAGUAAUCAUUCAACCAGAAGAAUAUUGCGAAUUCAUUUCAAGUAGUGCGACGGUCACGAAUCUAAGGGAUAUUAUUAUAUUUGACUUCAAAACGGCCGCUCAAGAAGUCUUUAAGCCGACAGCGAAAUGGCCAUUCAAAAUAACCCAAUGCAAGAGAUUUAUUAUAAAAAGAUCUAAGAUUUCAGGAAACACAGUUAUCCGCGGUGAACAGUUUUACAAGUCAGAUUCAAAUAAAUCCUUUAAUGUCUGCAAAUUCGGAUUAGAAUGGCAAGAAAGAGAAGACUUACAAUUUUACUUAGGUAUUAUUAGAGGGCCAUCGGUUGAAGGAAAUGAAAAUUUACAAGAAAGUUUUUGUGAAGGGAUAGCAGAAACACCUGUCUUAAGAAUAUAA